GAAAUCCAAAUAAAAAAAAAAAAAAAGAAAAUUCCGCAUUUCCGUGCGCGCGAAGGCCGAUCGGAGCGUGAGGGAGUCUCGCCGUCUUCUAAUAAUUUUUCCCGUUCCUAUCUAAAGUCUCGCGCGAGAUCGCACGUGCGAGUCUCCCCCGCGGUCGAGGCUCGAUAAUCACGCGACGACACACACACACACACACACGCGAAAGUCCUUCUUUUUCCCAGCGGGCCGUCCCUAACCUCAAACGCACGCAAAUUUGCGACAAGUCAGCCCGAGUGGUCGGUCGCUGUCUCCGUCUCUCGCUCCUGGGUCCUUCUCUCUCGUCCCCGAACGAACGAGAGGAUAUGUCAGUUUAACGCGGACGAUAAAAAAAAAAACGGGUCUCCGAUUACGUUGGCCGUCGCGGCUUUAUCCACAUCGGGGGUUCAGACGCACGUUCGAUUCGAUAUUUCUUAACCAAUCUCACGGAUAGCAGAAACAGAAAGGAAUGCCACGUAGCAAACGUAGGGGGCCUUCGAGCACAAACCACAAUCACACUCCAAUUGAUAUGUCGGUAUCGGGCGCACACGAAGACAGUUUACCUAGGCAUCCAUCCAAACGACUAAGACAUACCUCUAGCGCGCGACGAUACACGAGAACUGACGAUGUGUCCAGUGUGUCCGCGUUUUCUCAAAAACGCUGCAUCACUUGGUUCAGAGAAUACACCUCGCCGGAUGAUCCGGACACGCUCGGGCCUGAGGGAAUGGAAAAGUUUUGCGAAGACAUCGGCGUCGAACCGGAGAACGUAGUAAUGCUCGUUCUUGCGUAUAAAAUGAACGCUCGCCAAAUGGGCUUUUUCACACUCAGCGAAUGGCUGAAGGGUUUCUCGGAACUUCAGUGCGAUUCCAUUAUUAAAAUACAACAAAAGCUCGAGUACCUAAGAAAUCAACUAAACGAUCACAUUACGUUUAAAGGCAUAUACAGAUAUGCUUACGAUUUUGCCAGGCAGGAUAAAGAUCAACGAAGUAUGGACAUGGAAACCGCAAGAGUGAUGUUACAGCUGCUUUUGGGAAAACAUUGGCCAUUGUUUACACAGUUUGCUCAGUUCCUAGAUCAAUCUAAGUACAAAGUGAUCAAUAAAGAUCAAUGGUGCAACAUUUUAGAAUUUUCACGUACAAUCAAUCACGAUUUAUCUAAUUAUGAUUUAGACGGAGCGUGGCCAGUAAUGCUUGACGAAUUUGUUGAGUGGUUAAAACUUCAGCGAGGCGAGGGAGCGAUAUCUACAGAAACAAGAGGCAGCUGAAACCUCUUCUAAGAAUAGUCCCAAUGAACUAAGAAUAAUUUGUUUUUUUUUUUUUGUUUUUUUUUAUCAUGAUGUUCUAUUAAUAACAAAAUUUCUGUUCAUAAAAAUCGUAUUCUCACAGUUUCAAUUACAUAGUUCAACAAAAAUUAAAUUGUUUUCACACGUUCUACGAAGAGAAAGAAAGAAAGAGAGAGAGAGAGAGAGAGAGAGUAAUCGUUUCUUGUACUUAUAAAAAAUUGUAAAUUAUUAAUUUACUAACUCUAGCUUGUUCGCAAUCUUAAGAUUCUGAUUUUUUUUUCAAAUUUAAUAAUGUAAUAUAUAUAUAUAUACGAGAACGUUUCUGAAAUUAAAAACACAAUCGUCAAGAAUGAAAAGAAGCUAUGGGUUGAUAAAUUAAAAUUUAUAUAACUUAAUUGUACAAAAAGUUAUAUUUAAAAAAAUUACCAAUGUGUCUAUUUAAAA